CAAACUUUGAACUCUUCAGAGAUGGCGACAAGCGGUGGGUGAAGUUUGGAGGUGGUCCAUCAGUUCUUUGUCGACACAUCGGAAAGCCAAAACGGAGCUCUCUUGAUCUGUUGUUGUUGUUAAACACAUAGCUAUUUCAUAAUCGAAAUGACCGCGAGCUGUUGAGCAACAUAGCCACCUCCGUACUGCGUUUACAUUUGUGCGGAGCAGGUGUAGAAGAUGGGAGAGGUGGGCCUUGUGACCAGCCGCAGUCAGAGAGAGAAGAAAAGAUCUCACAAAGACUUCCUGAGAGAGGAGGAUGAGGAUGAUGACCUAGUGGCGGACGAGGAACAACUUGUCAAAGAACGCAAAUGCAAGAAGUCAUACAAGAAGAAGAGACAUUCAGGUAACCACACCCACCCCCACAGUUGGACCAAUGGCAGUGCAGGACUGGAGUUGUAUGUUCUCUCCCAUCACCAGUACGACCACCAGACCAGUGAAUCACCAGACGAAUGGUUGACAGAGGGGGAGAGAAUUGAGGAAGGUAGGGUGGAGUCUACCAUGUCAUCAUUCUGGAUGUACAUGGACGACCAGCAGAACGAGAUAAGCGCAGAGGCCUCUACAGCUAGUUGCAGUCUCAUGACCCCUGAUGCCACAGACUCACCCAUGUUGACAGGGCCUGAGGUAGACCCAGUGAACGCGGCGGCCCACCUACAGCUGCUGGGGGAAUCCCUGUCUCACAUUGGCCACCGGCUUCAGGGAACUAAGGAGAUGAUGGCAGUGUCAGGUAGUCUGUCUGUUUUACUGGACUCUCUACUGUGUGCCCUGGCUCCCCUGGCCUGUCUCACCUCUCUGGUCCCCAAGCUACGCAGCUGCCCUUCACACACACACACACACACACACACACAAAGUAGCUGUCAAAUGAUAAAGACUCUCACCACCAACUUCUAUUAUCCCUGUCUUUCUUCUAGGCAAAGACUCUGGACAACAUUGUCUAUGUGAUGCCUGGUUUGUGAAGUCUGUCUGAUGAGGAGAAGAGCCUUAACCAGGGCAAGUAGGAAGUUGUCAUACUUUGAAAAGAUGUUCCUUCCUGUCUGUUUGGGGCCUUUUGAAGGGAUGGGGGGGAAAUAAGCUAUUUGUUUUAAGAGGGGCUUAAGCGAACGUCCCAUUCUGUACGGAGCGCUCUACUUUACCUGUGUCCAAAGUUUUCUGGGUUCAUAUUGAAUUUGAAAGAUAAACCAUUUGUUUAGAUUCAUUGUUUUAUUUGUUCAAUUAAAACGUGUUUUGUUCAUGCA